GUGUUGGGAUCCCAGCAACGCACGGCGCAUCGACGACGGCGCACGCAGCGUUUCGAUGCCAACGCACGGCCAGCGACAGCGAUCACGCGCGCGCAAGCACUCCACCGCCAUCGAUACGCACGCGGAGCAACUUUCAACAUUCUCCACACCAGUUUGUGGCCCGCUGCAUGGACCCUGGAAGGUCGCCCGCUAUUAUCGCUUUCCCUUUUGUCCCCUCCCCCUCCUCGAGGCCUCCUUCCUUCCGUCCAUCACUGACUCUCCCAUAUCCUCUGCGUCCGGCACUUCUGUUGGUCCUCUCUCUUUGACCACCUCUUUCUGCUUGGUCUCUGGCAGACCCGGAAGCUAGACCGGCAGCUCGUCUCGGCGCACUGCACACCGACCUCACCCCAUUCGUUCUUUUGGCAUACCAACUCAGUGUCCGCCCGAGACCUCAAUUACCCUCUCCGAACUUUGUACCACAAUGAGUGCCGUUAAUCACGAACUUGACCUGUCCGAACGCGACCUGCUCGGCGGCGUGGGCAAUGCACUCUCUUCAAUCAUCAACCCAAUCUUCCCAGGACAGCAGACAACGUCAGAUACGUCGACCAGCUCGACCAUCACGUUGACGUCGUCCGCGACAGCGACACAGACUGACACUUCCACUCAGUCUGCUGCUACCUCGACUGCGACCGCGACCUCGUCCUCGACGACCAGCACCGUUGCAUCGACGCAGUCGAGUAGUUCCUCCUCGUCUCCGAGCGCGAGAUCAUCAUCAUCAUCUGCGACCUCGAGCGCAACCACAUCGUCUUCAGCUGGUACCUCGUCGACGUCCGAACCACCUUCUGCAACCACCGUUGUCACCACUGGAGCAGAUGGUACGAUCACCCUGACCUCUACCUCGAGCCCGUCCUCGACGGCAUCCGCCACGCCUGCUGCCAAUGCCGCGACGUCAAGCGGCUUCCUGGCCAACAAAGGCCUCUCGGUGGGCGUCAUCACAGCGUGCUCGCUGGUGGGCUUGGUGCUCCUCAUCAUCGUAGCAACGUACACGUGUCGCCGUCGCCGUCGCAACAAGCUGCACGAGGAGGCCGUCGACUUCACGCCCUUCCCCUCGUCCGACGAGCUGAUCAGCAGCCAUAACGACGUCGAACGUGGUGGUGGCGGCGGCUUGCGCACGCGACCGAGUUCCCGCGGCAGCGCGACCGACGAGAGCGUGCCCAAGGCGUCGCCGCAGGAGAUGUACCAGACGGGGUACCACAUCAUGCCGGCGUUCCUCGCCUUCCCGUCGCAGACGUACGCGAACCCGGUGCAGGGCUACAGUGACUUUGGGACGUACCCUUCGUAUGAUACGCGCGCGGCGCCUCCAGCGAACGCCAACGGAUACCAGCCUGUUGCAGCCGGUGUGCUCGCGCCUCGACCAGGUCCCACCUAUAACAAUGGCUAUGGCGCGCCCGCCGGCACUGCUGGUGUCCCUGCAGGCGCGCCAGUGCGGAAGGCCAGCCAGCGCAAGCAGGUCCCGCCGUUGAACCUCAGCGCGACGCGCGACAACGCCAACCCGCCCGCGUACCAGGUGACGGGCAACGGGGCGUCGCCGAUGCUCGCGAACCCAUACGGCACGACGCCGAACGCGGCCGCGGCGGACCCGCCCCUCUCCGCGGUGUCGCCCCGCAUGAAGCGCGGCUCGACGUCGCUGCUGAACUCGCCCGUGGGGAUGGCGUUCUCGGACGAGAGCGCGAGUGCGGAGAGCGAGCGGGCGCCGGACAAGAGCAGGAGCAGAACGAGCAGCCACUCGAGGAUGCUCGACCCGAGCCUGCCGCAGCUGCCUGUCCUGGGGUCGCUGCCCGACGAGUUUGGCGGGCAGAGCGGCGUCGCGGUCCGGGACGAGAAGGCGGCCGUUCGACAACUCACUGUCCGGAACGAGUGA